AUGUCUCUCACACAAGAUAUAGACGUACCUACGAAGAUCUAUCUCUUCGAAAGGGACACUACGUCACUGUAUCCUACUGACGAUCAAGGAUGUUAUAUAUGCCCUUCGAGUAUCCCAAAGUGUCCAAAGUGCGAUGAUGAUGAAGAAUGUAUUCUCGUCAGCUCUUCUUGUAAGAGUUGUCCAACUCCUAGAUGUGAAAAGAAAACGGGUAGCACAAGUAGUGGAAAAAGCGUACCGGUGGGUGGGAUAGUUGGUGGUGUCUUGGGCGGCGUGGCUUUACUUUUGAUAAUUGGUGGCAUAUUAUAUUGGAAAUUUUUGUACAAAAGGCGGCCCCCAAUGUAUUUAGACGACGAUGACAUCAUGAUGGGUGAUUUAAAAGAUGAAGAGGAUGAUUAUGAAUAUAAUGACGAUGAGAACGACUCUAAUGAAAACUUAAAGAGAUCACCUUCCAGAUUUCAAGAAACACAGGUAUCCAGACAGCCUAACCCUAGCCGUCCUUCAAAUAGAAGAGUAUCAUCUUACGAGUCUUUUACUAGACCAAGAGCUCGAUACGCAAGAGGUAACCAAGGCAGGGCCAGAGCAUCAGCGGCGGCAGCACGUAGAAGACAGAUGAAACGAGUUCCAUCCCUGAACCUCAAUAGCGAUAGGAAUUCUAUCGCUACGUCUGUGUCCACGACCAAUGCGUCUAAUAUCUUACCUAUCGCAUAUAUACCUGGUGUAACUGUCCGGCCCACAAAAAAUAACACUAAAUCCAUAUACUCCUAUGACAGUGAGUCGACAAUGGACUGGUCGGCUCUUGAAAAUGCUUCAAUUGUCGGUGAUUCGGCUAAGGCAAACAAUCAGAAUCACCUAGACUCCACUAUGGUUGCAAUCAAAGCACAGCCAAGACUUAUUGAUGUUGAUAGAAUAGAAGAGGAAGAUGAAGAUAUCACGGACGACGAGAACGAUACAGGAAUGAGAGAAGAUUCCUUUGGAACCACUGCUAAUUCAUCUUCUGAUUUUAUUAAGAAUGACGAGAGUGAGUUUGCAAAUAUGAACGCGACCACGUUGUCAGAUAUAUCUGAUGCCGAAGAAGUAGAUGAUUCAGAUGUGGAUUCAGAUAUCGGAGAAAUAGCAAGGGCGACAAGUGUAAGGAGACAAGGCAGUCAGUCACAGAAGGACUAUACUUCGCAGGACCGAGAGAUUGUAUUGGACGUGCACCCAGACGGUGAUGAGCAGGAACCCCCACAUUUUACCCCCGUGCCAGUACUUAGGCCACAGCAGACAGACGAUGCAACUCUACCAGACUCCGGCACUGGGUCUUUUGUUUUAGAAGUAGAGGUUGACGAUAAUAAUGAUCCCCAAUACCCGCAACAAACAAGCCCCUUUGAAGAUCCUAUUGACUAUAAAAAUACGAAUAUCAAAUAA